AUGACCGAGAGGGUGAUGGACCACUACGUGGCUGGGGCUUUGGGAGGAACCGCCGGUUACUUUGUGGGGUACCCUCUAGAUACAAUAAAGGUACAGCUACAGACGCAGAGUGGUGAUAAGCGUGGAUUAUUGACGGCACUUUCAAACACAUGGGGGAAAGGGGUUGCUGGAGGCUUUUUUCGAGGAAUGUCAUGGCCACUCCUUACCACCGGAUGUACAACAUCAGUGUUUUAUGGGGUUUACGGUAAUACACUGACAUUUCUCGAGCCGGAGAAGGCGAAGCAGAAGUCGGCUUACGGGAAGAUAGUUCUAGCCGGAAGUGUGGCCGGAAUGACCCAAGCAAUUCCUAUUAUUCCUAUAGAAUAUGUGAAAGUUGUUCUGCAGUCCCAGAUUUCACUAGAAAACAAGUCCAACACAGCUCAUGUGAAUGCCAACAUACGCCACUUCCGUGGGCCAACGGACUGCGCACGCAACAUUGUCAGGACUAAUGGAAUGGUGGGACUAUUAAAAGGAGCUACAGUAACGCUUCCAAGGGAUGUUAUUUUCUUCGCUAAUUACGGGUUGAUAUAUGAAUGCAUCAGCGAGUUCAUCAAACAGAAGAAAUGGACGGACUCGCAAGGAUUUUUGGCAGAUUUUAUCGGUGGUGGAUUUUCCGGAAGCUUAUCUUGGAUUUUGGCUAUACCGUUUGACGUCAUUAAGAGUCGCUACCAAGCUGACUUUCAUGGCAAGUACGCGAGUCCUGUUGACUGCGCUAUUCAAAGCUACCGAACUGAAGGGUUGGGCGUUUUCUAUACGGGUUGUUUUGUCACGUGUGUGCGAGCAUUCCCAGUAUGCGCAGUAUCUUUUAUGGUGUACGCCCAGGUGACUCAGUGGCUGAGAAGCAACGAGUGA